AUGCUUGCCCCCUCAACGACACAAGCUAUAACAGGAUCUUCCACAUUGACAACGUCGACAACUACAUCAGUAUCCUCACAGUAUAUAUCAUCGACCGGGGACGCAACAACGACCAUCACCUCUCAAAUAAUACUUUCGAAUCAAAGUUGUUUUCCGAAUGUUACGAUUGCUCCAACAGCACCAACAUUGAGUUCACCAUUGCAAGUUCGUCGCAGUCAGGAUUUUUAUUUUGUAUCAUUGAUUACACUCGAUUGCUCUCAAUCAUUCUCGAUCUCAACAAGCUGGACAAUUACCUACUGUACAUCAACAUGUUCUAAGCAGGUUCAAAUAAACGGAACAAUUCUUACCACGUACAGUGAUUUAUACAUUCCAGCUCGAACACUUCCAUAUGGAAUUUAUAAGUUCGAAUUAACAGUAACAAUGAUUGAUAUGCCUUCCUUACAGACAACAUCGUCAGUUUACGUUCAUAUUAUCCCAUCAGCUGUCACAGUAAAUCUCAUGCAAUAUGGAACCUCGAUGGUCACCAUCGGAUACAAUCAAGAUCUGUUACUAGAUCCCGGAUCAUUUUCCGUUGACUUAGAUGAAUCAUAUUUCAAUGCUACGAACUGGAAGUACAAGUACUACUGUCGAAUCUACGGUCAAUAUAACUUUCCCAAUUUUCAAGGAUCAUUAAUCACAAUUGAUGAUCCAACGGUUGAUCCUUUCAAUCAACCAUGUUUGUCCAAUCAAACCGAAUGGCAGUUUGGUAAUUCUAUCCAUUCGUCUGUAACAAUUCUCUCUCAUUCGUUCCAGUCCAAUCGCACAUAUCAAUUCAUGGUUUUGAUGGAGAAUCGCGAUAACUCCUCUCUCCAAGGAACUGGUUAUCUUCUCAUCAUUGUUGAAGAUACUCCAAAACAAUUGAUUGGUGUCGGAUGUGUCAUUCAAACAAUGUGUGUUCCAAAUAUGGAAUUUCAGUUGGUUAAUCCAUCAACACAAGUUGCAUUAUUCUCUGCAUGUCUUAGCAACUGUUCGACUAUUAUAAAUAUCACUUGGAAUAUUUAUUCCGGAUCGAUGAACUCGUCUUCAAAUGUUACUCAAUGGACUUUAUUCAACCAAACAAGCUCCUACGAAAAUAUUUGGUUUUUUGGACGAAACACGAAUAAUUUCACAUCAAUAAAUCAACUAUUCCUAAUGAAUCCACAAGUCAGUCUUUGGCGAUUUGAAGCUCUUUAUCAAUUUGCAUCCGAAUCAAGCUCCAGCGCAUUGAAUUUCGUCAUCAAUCAACCACCAUCGAAUGGUUCGUGCUCGAUCUUUCCAUUGGCCGGUACAACCGACACGUUAUUCACCAUUUCGUGUUCAAAUUGGUUUGAUGAAGAUGGUAUCAAAGACUAUUCUCUCUAUUCCUGGGCACCUGAAAACGUCGAGCGAUCAAUGAUUACCUUUUCUGCCAUUCCCACCUUUCAAGUUCGAUUACCAGCGACUAGUCGAAAUACUUCCCUAACCUAUCUAACGAUUUCUAUUCGAGAUGAACACGAUAGUAUUCAGGAAGUCAACAUCACCUCAGUAACGGUCACUGAAGAUUUAUCUGAAAUAAAUGAUUUACUGAACAAUAAAACAUCGAAUUCGAUUGUUCAACUACUUUCCAGUACCAAUCAAAAUACUGGUGGACAAAUUUUGAAUUCGUUGUCUCAACAAUUGAAUCAGUUGAACCAACAAAAUCUUGACGAAGCCGUGUCAAACCAAAUUCCAUUAUCUACAAUUUCAGUUUCUCAAUUGGACCAACAAAGAACACCACAAGCACUUUCUCUGUCGAAUAGUUCGGCAAUGAACAACUUCACUAAAAACUUGAAUUCUCAAGCGAAUGUUCGAGAAUAUCUGAUCAAUUUUACUGAAACUUUUCCGAUAUUCACACCGAAUAGUAUCGCGUUUCAAGCAUUCAUCCUCUCUCAAUUAACAGAAGCAACAAAUCAAUUGACACGAUCAUCAGCGAUAACGGCGUCGAAUAAAUGCUAUCAAUUGGCGAAUAAUCUAAAUGCAAUAUCAACAAAAAUUACUUACGAAGACGUCCAGAUUAGUGCUGAACAAAUAACGAAAUGUAUUACAAAUGUUUUAACAGCUAUCAAUGGACCAUUGCAAGGACGAACAACAGCUCUUGAUCUGGACUAUUCUCGUGCUAAUGACUUUCCUGCUGAUUAUGAUACUGAUCUGGAAUCUGCAUGGUCAAAUCCAAAAUUGUUUGCUGAUGGCGAUGAUUUUUCAUGGAGUACAAUAGAGAAGAAUCGAAAUCUUUACUAUCAAAAACAAGCACAGAACCAAGUCAGCCAACAAACAAAUCAAUCACUUGCCUUCUUAACGUCCGCACUGAAUAAUCAUUUGAAUAUCGGCCAAAACUUCACUAUCAAUGCAUCAUCGAUUUUUAUGUCAUUACAAGUAAUGUCGACGGAAUCUCUUUCAAAUCAAAUCAUCAAACCAAUUAACAAUGCGCAAAUUCAACUUCCAUCCAUUAUUCAGUCAAACGAUCGUUCAGUAUCACUUCGAUCAAUUGUUCAACCACUGGCACCAGCAGAUCAAUCGCGUUCAUAUACAAAUCUUUCCAGAACCAUUUCCCUUUCGAUUCUUGAUCGAAAUGGAAACGAACUUUCAUAUCCAACAUCAUCCAAUAAUCCAUAUCGAUUUGUGAUUCCACGAGAUUCAAAUCUCAUUCUUCCGUCGAUGGUAUCACAAAAUGUUACUUCGAUGAACAGCAUCCAGCACCAUCUUCUGUUCAACCUGCAUUAUGUUGAUUUGUCUCACUCGAGUGGUGUGUCUGUAUCGGUUCACAUAGGAAUGAAACCAUUAAAUCCGAGUCUCGGUUAUUUAUUAAUUUAUAAAUUUGACAGUUCGCCAGUGUUGAACAGUUCAAUGUCUCAAAUUGAUAAGUGGUCUUUAUUUUGUCCUUCAAAUUUGACCAUCGACAACAUGUAUACUUAUUUUAUCAAUAAUCAACUAACAAACAACUAUGAAUCGCUGAUCUUUGGUUUACGUGAACUGAACUCGACCGAAAUGCUUCACUAUUGUUCAACUCCAUCGACCGAUCCGCCCAUCACUAACGAACCAUUCCAUUUUACAUCGAAUUAUGAACUUCGCCUGUACACGUCCGGUUGUUACUAUCUUGAUUCAAAUAAUCGAUGGCAAUCCGAUGGAUUGAUUGUCGGUUCAUUGACAAAUGUGAAUGAAACAGAAUGCUUAUCGACUCAUUUAACAACGUUUGCAGGUGGAUUUCUUGUGUUACCAGCACCUAUCAACUGGAAUUAUGUCUUCGCAAAUGCUGAUUUCAAUCGCAACAAAACAAUUUAUAUCACCGUAAUCUGCGUUUCUAUUCUUUAUCUACUCAUAAUGACCUAUGCACGCUAUAAGGAUAAAAAGGACAUUGAAAAAUUGGGAGUGCUUGCAUUGGAAGAUAACCGUAAGGAAGAUCAGUAUUGCUAUCAAAUCAUUGUCUUCACUGGAAAUCGAAAGAAUGCUGGAACCAAAUCUCGAGUUCAUUUCAUUCUUGCUGGUGAUGAAGAUGAAACACAAGUUCGAACCUUCAAUCAUUCCAAGCGACAGAUAUUUCAACGUGGCCAAGUGGAUUCAUUUGUGAUGACUAUUCCUAAAUCAUUGGGAAAACUGAAUUAUAUUCGUGUUUGGCAUAACAAUCAAGAUAAUUCAUCGUGGUUUUUGAAAUAUUUGAUCGUUCGUGAUUUACAAACAUUGGAAAAGUCGUAUUUUAUUUGUCAACGAUGGUUUGCCAUUGACGAAGAUGAUGGACGUAUCGAACGUCUCUUACCCGUGUCAAGUGAAUUGCAAAUGGAUAAAUUUGCGUAUAUUCUGUCCAAACAAACCUAUUAUAAUAUCUCUGAAGAUCAUCUAUGGUUCUCGAUCUUUUCUCGUCCACCAUCGAAUACAUUCACACGUGUUCAACGAUGUACCUGCUGUUUCGUGUUACUACUCACUUCAAUGUUGUUAAACAUUCUCUACUAUGAUCAAAAGAAUGACGCAAAAAGUAGCACCGGUGGAAAGAGUAGUCUGUCGUUUGGUCCAUUGUACAUCACACCUGAACAGAUUGGAAUUGGUAUUAUUGUUGAGUUGUUGGUAUUCAUUCCAAGUUUAUGCCUCAUUCAGUUCUUUCGACGUAUUCAACCGAGCCGAACACCAGUUUCACCUCUACGUCAAACGCUUUCUCAAAUCAAGUCAAUACCUACGAUUUCAUCCGGCAAACCGAACACCAAGAAGUCAUUCCGAUUGAAAUUUCCGUGGUGGUGUCUAUUUCUUGCAUACGGUUUGUCAUUUAUCACAGCUUUCGUGUCGAUCUUCUUCAUCAUUGUUCGUGGAAUCGAAUUUGGCGAUUUGAAAACUCAAAAAUGGUUGACUUCGUUGAUUAGUGGUUUCUUUUCAUCAAUUCUUCUUCUUGAACCAAUCAAGAUUUGUGCAUUAACAGUGUUCUUCGCUUGUUUUAUUCGCACUUCUGAUAAAGAUAAACAAGCAAAUGAGUACUUAGAUGAUGAAGCACAAAUUGAUCUGAAUAACGAUGAAGAGUAUUUACAAUCAACAAAACAAGUUCGCUCUGCAUCAUUCAUCUCUCGAUCGCAAUUGCAAUUCAGUCCAUUGAGUGAAUGGGAGUUAGAGUUUCUACGCGAAAAACGUUCACGAGAGAAGAAAAUGCAAUUGAUUAUGCGAGAAGUUCUUUCUUAUAUUUGUUUCCUUGUUCUUCUCAAUGUUGUCAUCUAUUCCAAUCAAGUUGACCAUCAAUUCGAACAAGUCAAUCAUCUGAGAAAAUAUCUUAUUAAUUUAAGAGGCAAUGAAAAGAUUUCAACCAUCGAUGAGUAUUGGAACUGGUUAGAAACUGAUUUUGUUGAGAAGAUUCGCGCACAAGACUGGUACAAUGGUGAUCCACCUCGAAAUCUCUCGGGUUACUUCGAUGACAAAACAAAUCGACUGAUUGGAUGGGUCAGAAUGAGACAAAUACGAGUCAAAUCUGAACCAUGCUCACAGUGGAAUUCUUCGUGUGAAUAUGAUUUGGGUUUAUUAAAUGAAGAGAAGCGUUCAUUCCAACCAGGGUGGAUGAAUCAAACCAUUCAAUUAUCGAAUUUGUCAGUUAACAAAGCGUUUCAAUAUACGGAUGAUGGCUAUGUCUAUGAAUUUCGUGGUCGACUAUCCACUCUUCGAAGUAAUCUUUCCGUACUUCAUCAAUUCAGUUGGAUUGACAAGCAAACGAGAGUUAUUGAAAUCCAGUUGAACUUGUUUAAUCCAAACGUGAAUUUGUUCGCUUCAGUGAAACUUCAAACAGAUUUUCAGUCAACUGGAAGCAUACGAUUUCAAUCUUAUAUCAAUCCGUUUUCAUUUCAAAUGAUGUCAACCCUAUCUGAAUUGUUUUGUAGCAUUGCCUACUUGAUGUUUAUCAUUUAUAUGAUGAUCGAAAUAAUUCAAUCAAUCAGACGAAUGAAAAUCAAGUAUUUUCACGAUGUUUGGUCUUAUAUUAACAUGGGUAUCAUCAUUUGUUCCUGGACUAGUCUGUUAAUCUUCGUAUUGAAAUAUCAAGAAGCAAAAGCAAUCGGAAAGUUCUUCAAGGAAACCAAUGGAUAUGAUUAUAUUGAUUUAGAAUAUGCAGUUAGUUUAGAUCAAUUAUUGAAAAAUUUUCUUAGCCUCGCUCUGUUUCUUGGUUGGAUCAAAUUUGUUCGCCUUUGUCGAUUCAAUCGUCGUAUCAGUCUCUUCAUUCAAACACUUCAACAUGCCAGCAGAGCACUCUGGUCAUUCUCGUUGAUGUUUGGAGUAAUCUUCAUCGCAUUUCUUUGCUUAUUCUACUUGUUAUUCAUAUCAAAAUUGUCAACAUGUGCGAAUCUGUAUCGAACAGCGGUAAUGUUGUAUGAGAUAAUCUUGAUGAGCUUUGAUGCACAUGAGUUGAUCAAUGGUUCAUCAUUUCUCGGUCCAUUUGUUUUUACUCUAUUUACUCUUAUCGUCGUAUUCAUUUGUUUGAGCAUGUUUCUCACGAUUAUCAACGAAAGCUUUCGUUAUGCUCGGGAUAAUCUUAAAUCUCAACGAACAGAGGACGAGAUUAUCUUUACAUUUAUGAUGAAACGAUUUCAAUGUUGGAUUGGAAUAUCUAAUGAUUCAUAUGAGCGCGAUGGCAUGAUGCCAGAGAAAUAUUAUACCCCAACUGAUGCGUUCCCGAAUAAAGUCGAUCAGCUAUUGACUGCAUUGGAUCGAAUUUACACAAAUCAGCGACAAUGA